AUGAAGUUUGGCAAAUAUUUACUUCAAAGCCAAAUACCAGAAUGGUCUGGUGAUUUGGUAACAAAUUUGCAAAGAAAUGGUGUAUUCAAUGAUGAAGAAUUUCCCUCGGCUCUUGACUGCGAACUUAAUAAAGCCAAUGAGUGUUUUGUACAUCAGGAGAACAUAUUUAGAGAAUUAUCGGAAAAAUAUCCAAAUCUUCUUUCUUCAGAACUUUUAUCAGACUUGUCAGAGACAAAAAAUAAAAUAAAUAACCUCCUAAGCUUUGCCGAUUUAAAUAUAAAAGCAUGCAAUAAAAUUUUAAAAAAAUAUGAUAAAAAAUUAAAGCGUAAUAUAAGAGACGAUUAUCUAAAUACAAAGGUCAAUACACUUCCACUCGCCUCGAGUUCAACAUUAAUCAAUAUUUUGGGAUCAAUUGAACAAUGGAUUCAUGAGAUUAAUGAGGUAGAACACCAAGUUGUAGAUAAUGAAAAUGUCACUCAUAAUAGUUCAGAUUUAUUCGAUGCGAUUAGAAAUGAUGAUGAGAGUGCUUUCCGUGAAUUGAUUAUAAGGGAAACUAAUGGUGCAUUUUCUGAUAAUAGAAUAAUUAAUCAAGCAAAUCCUAUAGUCCGAAAGACUUUGAAAUCGAUGCUUUAUAAAGCGUGUUGUCACCCAGCCUUUGAAUGUAUUAAACUACUCCUAGAGUCAGGUGCAAAUAUUCAUGACGAAGAGGACAUUAACGAGCGUUCACUGAUACAUAAAUUAGUAAUUCAUGGUGGUAUUUUGCCAAAAGGAAAUGUCACGACACCACCUAUUUCAUCAUCUAUUUCAUCAUCUGUUUCAUCACCUAUUUUAAUUCCUGAUGAUCCAAGAAUUAUUGCCUGUAUUCUUGAUCAUCAUCCUUCAGAUUCUCAAGCUUUAUCUCUAGAUGUUUAUGGUAAAAGUCCUUUACAUUACGCAGCAAUUAAAGGGCUCGUACAAAUAACACAAACGCUCUUAGAGUUUUUGAAAAGAACUGGGCAAUUUUCGUUAGAGGCGGGUUUUAAUGAUCGUGUAUGGUUUGAUGGUGAUGGGUAUUCACCGUUGUUUUAUGCGACAUUGAAAAACAAUGUUCAACUUGUAGAUUGUAUCAUAAGAAUUGGACAGAUUACUGGUGAGAGAUUGGAUGCCGUCAGUAAUGUACCAAAUUCUACUACAGCACAAACUUUACUUGCGAUGUCAUGUAAACUUGGUUAUGAUUCGAUGGUCGACUUAUUGUUAAAUCACGGAGCAAAUCCUGAUGUACAAGAUAAAGAUGGUGAAACACCUUUGCACCAGGCGUCCAGAUGUGGUUCUUCCGAAUGCUGUUUAUUAUUGAUAGAUAAGGAUGCUAAUAAAGAGAUUAGAGAAAAAUAUAAUGGAUGGACACCAUUAUUCUUAGCAGUGAUCGAAGGCCACAAAGAAACAGUUACGGUAUUAAGAGAAUCAGCAGCUAAUAUUAAUAUUGUAGAUAAUUCUGGGUGGACUCCACAUAUGCAUGCAGUGUUUCAUGGUCACUUUAAAAUGAUAGACAUUUUACGUCCUCCGAGGGAAACCAUUCUUUCUUCUUUUUCAGCAGAUCAUAAUAUAAUGGUAUCAUCCCAAGAUAAUAUAGCCGAACGAAAAUAUCUCCAAGAUCAAUCAUUAAUAUUUGUGACACUUGGAACAACAGAUGCACGUAUAAAUAUAGCACCUAUUGAACUUUAUAAUACAAUAAAAACACCUGUUUCUAUUGUUAUUUGGGCAAAAAAUGCUACUGGAGAAAAGGUUACCAUUGACCUUCCUGUAAGAGAUAGCUCUACAAUUGAUGAUAACUUUACAAUUGAUCCAAUGAUGUUUUAUGCGCAUGAUAUAAACAAUGUUAGAUUAAUGUUUGAUAUAAUAUCAACUUAUGAUGCUCAACUGAUAGGUCGAGCAAUUGCAAUGCUUUCAUCAGUGAAAACAUAUUUUGGACCAAAUUAUUCUUCUCUUAUGGGAUCUGUCACAAUUCCUAUAAUUGGAGUAUCGGAAAUGGAUGAUAUUGGUCAGAUACGAUUUGAAUCUUCGGUUGUUAAACCUUUCAAUCAUAGAAAUUUAGCAGACAGAAAUAGGUUUACAUCUUGGGAAUCAUCAAAUACCAAAUUGAUUGGUCAUCGUGGGAUGGGAGCUAAUGAUAAGACUUUGAGGCUCCAAGUGGGCGAGAAUACUGUGGAAAGUUUUAGAGCUGCGGCUCUAAUUGGUGCAGAAUAUAUAGAAUUUGAUUGUCAACUUACUAAAGACCUGAAGCCAGUCAUUUAUCAUGAUUGGAAUGUUACAGAAACAGGUUGUGAUAUCCCGAUACAUUCUAUAAAUUCAGAUCAAUUCAUUAAAUUAAAAAAAAAAGAAAGAGACAAUUCAGUAAUUAAUUUUCGCGAAGAAAAUAGUAUGACACCUCCGAAUUCUGAAGGAGAUAUUGAUAGUACACCUAACUCAAGUUCAUUUAGAAGGCUUCAAAGAUCUAGUAGUAUGAGUUCACUUAAUAAGAUAAAAUAUAGGCGAACUGAUGAAAAUAAUCAAGGAAAAAUGAAAGGGAACGGUAUUGGCACAAUCCAGUCCAGGGAAAUUCCCACCGAGCUCGGCUUCAACAUUGAAGUAAAAUAUCCAGUGAUUAAUGAAGCUGAAGAUUCGAAACUUCCAGCGUAUUGUACAGAAUUAAAUACGUUUUGUGAUAAGAUUCUCAAAUGCGUAUACAACUACGCACAACCAGGACGUAAAAUUAUUUUUUCAUCAUUUCAUCCAGAGAUUUGCCUAAUGCUUAGGUAUAAGCAAUCAAGUUAUCCGGUUUUUUUCUUAACCGAUUGUGGAGUUUCAUUUAUGGCUGAUGCUAGAUGUAAUUCUAUACAAGCUGCAAUUAGAUUUGCUAAAAUUGCUGGUUUAUCAGGACUUGUUACUAAUUCUGAUCCUAUUGUUGAAGCUCCAGGAUUAGUUAAAGUUAUUAAAAAUGCUGGCUUAUUACUUUUUACUUAUGGUCGAAAAAACAAUGACCCUGAGAACGUGAAAUUACAAACAAGAGCUGGUGUAAAUGCUGUUAUUGCGGAUCUUGCUGAGUUAAAACGUCAAAACAGGGGUAGAGAACCAUCUAUUUGGACACUGGAUUUAUUCGUUGAUUAUUCAUUGUAA